ACACCACAGGGAGCCAGAUGGAUGGAGAAACACGGCUUUGAGAGGGCCAAGUACUUCAUCCCUGCAGGGAAGGACCUGCUGUCCCUGGAUGCCAGUAAGACGUUCUAUAAGCCUGACUGGUUUGACAUCGUGGGGGCGGAGGUGAAAUGCUGCAAGGAGGCCGUCUGUGUCAUCGACAUGUCCUCCUUCACCAAGUUUGAGCUCACUGUGAGUGAGAAAGGAGAGGGAGAGGAAGUGAGGUAUCAACUUCCUCCUAUGAUGGAAGCUGUAGGUGGCUGACCCCUGGAAAGGAGAGGAGGGGAAGUGAGGUAUCAACUUCCUCCUAUGAUGGAAGCUGUAGGUGGCUGACCCCUGGAGAGGAGAGGUAGAGGAGGGGAAGUGAGGUAUCAACUUCCUCCUAUGAUGGAAGCUGUAGGUGGCUGACCCUGGAAA